GAUCUGCAAAAUGUCUGACAAACCAGAUAUGGCUGAGAUUCAGAAAUUCGAUAAGUCUAAAUUGAAGAAGACAGAAACACAAGAGAAAAACCCACUGCCUUCAAAAGAAACAAUUGAACAGGAGAAGCAAGCGGGUGAAUUGUAAUGAAAUCUGCCCUGCCAAUAUGCACUGUACAUUCCACAAGCAUUGCCUUC